GAAGAAGACAACAGUCAGUCGUAACACAGAUUCUAUUUUUAAAAUUUCCAUUUUUUCAUGUGCAACUGGCAUCUUACCAAUUCGCACAUCACAAAUGAUUUUCUCUCAUCAUUCGGAUCAAACAUUGAUACCAAUAAAAUUACGUUUAGGAAAUAUUGAUUUUUAAAUCGACGGUUCGAAGUACCUAAUCGGAAAAAAUUUUACUCGAAAAAUCUAUCUCGAAGAAGACACCAAAGUGAGGAUAAUUUUGGCAAAGAGGAGCGUGUUGCGCCGGUUCGGGCAUUAAUUUCGCGAAAGUUUUAAUUUAAAAUAUGUAACAAAAAACUAUAUACGCGUGUUUCUGGCGUUAUGAUGUGUGACGCUGCGAGUUUAAUAUGGGAGACAACAUAACAGAUCUCUCAGACGAAACAGGAGUACCUCCGGUUCCUCCAAAAACUUAUCAAUGGGAGGAUAUCAGAAGGCAGAAAUUGGAGGGUCGUUAUCCUUGGACACAUCUGUAUAAGCCGCCCUUUGAUUUGGAAACAUACGAGAAAAUUAAAGAUCACGAAUACGAACCUGUCAUUCCAAUGGACACGAAUCGAAAAACACCCCCUCCAUUUGUAAAAAUCACGCCAGAAGAUGACAAUAAACCAAGACGGGAAACAAGCGAGCCUCCUCAAGACAAACAUCACUUAUGUUUACCUUCCGAAGACAUGGAUGACGAACAAGAAAACGAUUACGAAGACGAUGACGACGACGAUAUCGAAGAAAUUACUGCAGCCGAGCUGCAAAAUCGACUAGAAGAGAAAUAUUUCAGACAGUCGCCCGGUAGUUCGAAGCACGAGUACGAACUCACAGAGACCAGAAGUGUAUCACCCGCAAUAACUGACGACACUUCUAGAGAAAGCUCUUCGUUUCAAGAUAAGAUGCAUUCUCAAGCAGAUAAAUUGAAGCAGAAAUUCAAAAGUUUGAAAGAUCACAUUUCCAAAGAUCAAGUCACAAGUUCUCCGGGAAUAGCUCGUAAAAAAGACGAACAAAGCAAAUCGAGGCCAUUCAAAAAGAAUAAGUUCAAUUUUAGAAAACAUACCGCGAAAUCAUCCGGACCAUCAAAUUUUCAGCUCCCGCAAGCAUCCCGUCUUUCGUUUUCCAGUUUAUCGUCGUCGUUUUCACGUUCUCGAUCGAGCAGUGUAAAAUCACGAGAACGAAAACGAUCUCAGAGUUCGGAGAGUGAUUCUCAGAAGAGAAAAAUCGACUUCCAUUUUGGAACGUAUCCGCGAAUUUUUAGCAAGAAAAAGAAAUCUGAGAACAAAUCGUCGGAGAAACCAACGACACCGAAAUUGAAACCAAAAAGUGCCCCGAGCAGUCCAUCCAUGAGACGAAGUCCUUUCCCACAGCGCUGGAUUAGCAAGUUCACUGAGAAUAAAAAAGAUGCUGAAAAAAUCAAAGAAGAAAAAAAACAGCAAGUGAAACAGCAGCAAAAAGAAAAAGUUAUCCAAGAAUCCAUAUUCAUUUCACUUCACGAAGAUCGUUCACCUCGACCCUCCUCCGACCAUUCAGCUGAACCAGCAUCAACAUCAGAGGCUCCAUCCAGUAUGCCUGUUGAUGAUAAGAAUUUCAUCUUUAUAUCUUUGCACGAAGAACGAUUUCCAGAAAAACUCGAAAAAUCCCAGCAACGAGACGAAGAGGCCGAAAUUCAAAGCGAAAUUAAGAAAGCCGAAACUACGAGAAAGUUUGCAAGUCUUCUUCGAAAACUUGAAACUGAUCGAAAACUUAGAUCGAGAGGGAAAUUUGCAGAUGAUAAGCCCGAACCGGUUGAGAUUAUUGAGAUAACCAAUGAUGACGAUGGUGCAGAAAGUAAUAUCCAAGAAAAUCUAGAAAAUAGCGUCGAAAUACCCGACGAACCUCAAGAUUCUGAUUUACCAACAGAGUCCAGGGUAUUUACAGAAGAAUUUAGACCACAAGUUACAGAAGAAUUCAUGAAAUAUCCGAGUAAGCCAACCACUCCAAAGAGUACUCGUCCUCAGGUUAAAGAGGAAAUCAUCAAAGGUCCAAGCAGGCCCACCACACCAAGGAGUUUCCGUCCCGAGACCAAAGAAGAAAUUAUCAAAGGUCCAAGUAGGCCCAAUACACCAAAGAGUUUUCGUACCAUGGUUAAAGAAGAAAUCAUUCAAACUUCGAGUAAGCCCACCACACCAAAGAGUAUUCGUUCAGAAACUGUAUCAGCAGAAAAGAGAGAUCUUCGAGCUCGUGUUCCUUCACCUUCCCCACCACAAGAUUCAUCAAAAGACUCUUCAAAAUUCCUAAAAUUCAAAGAAAUGUUAAAGGAGGCUGAAAACAUGAUAAAACCGAGCAAGUCGUCGAACGAGUCAAAAGAAAAGGAGUUCAAAGAGAAAGAGUCAAAAGAUCACGAAUCUAAAAAAUUCCAAGAGUUCAAAGAGAAUUUAUUAAAAGAAACAGAAAAAAUAGGCACGUUGAAAAAUAAGAUAAAAAAUUAUUUCGCCAAGGAAGGUGAUAAAAAUAAAUCAGAUUUCGACGAUAAACAUAUUUACGAAGAAUUUGAUAACGUGGAAGAUACACCACCGAGAGAGAUCGUAAAACGAGUCGCCAUAAAUGAAUCACAAAAUCAAGAAAUUAACCCAGCAGUUCCACAAAAAAUACCACGUAAAAAAUUAAAGAAACUGGACUCGGACAAAGAGUCGAAAGAAUCCUUAUCUGCUUUCGAUGAUCCUGCUUUCAACGAUAUCGUCGAUUUUGACGAACAAAAACCAAUGACUAAAACAUAUAUUAGUGAAAGCUUGCAAGAAGUUAAUGAAAUACCCGUCGAACCGAAAUUCAGUCCAAACCCCAAACAUUUCAAAAAUUACGAAAAAGCAUUGGAAAAAACCAAAAGUUACUCGUCUAUUGAAAUCGAAAAUAACUUGUACUCUGCAACCAACACCUUAGCACAAUUGGAAACUCCAGUUCCUCCUUCACGACCAUCGAGAACACGUUCGUUACAACGAGCUAAUAAACGCACCAAGCCCAUAUACGAGGAAAAUAAAGAAAAUACGAACACAGCGGAUCAAAGUCAAAAUUACAAUACGUUUCCAAUGGUUAGACCAGAUAAACCUCGUCGAAAAUUCCGUAAACCGAGAACGUAUUCGAAUUCUACAAAUUCAGAAGUCAAAAGCAUGAAUGAAUUCGAAGAUGCGGCCAUCAGUCAAAAUAUCGCCAAUUCUAAACAAUUAUCUGUUAGCUUUUUGCCACUGAUGAGUAACGCAGUAGGGGAACCGAUAACGAAUUACACUUUGAGAGAAACUUCAUCGAUGAUACAUUUGAAUACGACUAUUCGUUGUGAUCCUCCAAUGGCCCCAAAAAGAAGAAGAUCGUCGGUUAAAGAUGGUACGAGCAAAUAUAACACACUGCCGAAUAAAAAAUAUUGUGCUUCUUCAAAGACGUCAUUGGCUGAGUCAGAAACAUGCAACGGAAUUCACGCCGAAGGCGACGAUUUCGAAUUCGCAGACGAAGCGAAUAGCGCGGCUGAUAGUCCACCACGACGUCCACAACGAAAACGCUUGUCUGGUCCAUCAUACAUCGACGACGACCGUACAUCUCGUGAAAUCGAAUCAUUACCAUCGGAAAGAUCACUUUGUGAUUCUGAUUCUAAAGAUAUCAACGGUUAUUCUGUAAUCAAAUCGGUAAAAAAAUCACACAGCCAACCCACGACCUCAGCACCCGAAUCUAAUACCACUCCUCGUCGUAAAAGUCGUCGACUUUCAGAUUUUUUCACACUGCCUCGAAUCCAUACCCCAACUAACUAUGUUUCCCCACCCUGUACCUUACCUUACGAACGAAGAUUACCAAGUCCAUCCAGACCGCCACGAAAGAGUAAACCGUACACAGAACCUGUCUACACGAAUGAAGAAAACAUCAAUGUAAUGACUGAUUUCGGCGAUGAAGAAGAACUGAAUUUCAAUCUGGCCACCGUCGACGACGAUAUUCCAGAUCCAGACAACAACGAUGAAAAGGAUGAAAAAAACUUGCAAACUGACGAGGUAAUGGAACGAAUGAAAAUUCGCCCUUUACCUCCACCUCCUAGACCGAUUCGCAAACCGAAAGAUGAUAAAAGCGACACCCUGUCCUGCGAUUAUAGUCAGGUGAAAAAAAACACCGAUAAUAAGACAAAUAAUUUAAAUCUAGAUUUUAACGAAUUAAAAAUUAUUAAUACUAAUGCAGAAGCGGACAAACACCCCGACGAAUCGACCGCCGAACAACUCGAACGAUCUAGCGCAGUUAUAAAGACGACCAAUCGAUUCGAAGACUUGGCUCUGACUUCAUCUCCAUCAUCAUCUAGUACCUUAAAUGUGAUAACUGCUCAAAGACUGAACGUUUCCGAAUUGAACGUCGCAAAACUAAGUAUAAGCGAAAUAGAAUCCUCAAAAUUGACCACAUCGAAUGUAGAUACAGUUACCAUGCAAGCUACAGAUUUCAAAAGUGAAAGAGGGCAUCUAGUACUAAAUUCUGUAGAACUUGCCUCUCCUUCGAUUGCCGAACGUCUAUCGCCAAUUCUUCAAGAUCCAAGACCUAUUCUCGAUAACUUGGAAUCAGCCAGCAGAGAUGUAACACCUUCUUCCGACGAAGUACCUGUACAAGAUAUACGAGAACGAUCUCGUAUUUCUUCCAUGAUCCCCGAAGUUGGUUCUGAUGAAGAAUCCACGAGCACAGCUCCGAAAAUAGUCAAGCCAAGUCGGCGAAAACCAAUAAGAAAAGAAAAAGAAGAAUCAUCAAGGAGCACGACGACGAUUGCUGAAGCAAGUACCAGCCAACCAACUCUGGCCGAAUUAAUGUGCCAAAUAUUACAAAUAUGCCAUAGUAGUGUAGGGCAAGCCAUACAUUCGUUAUUAGAACAGGUCAUACCGGAAGAUAGAGAAAAAAGAAACGAAGUUCAAGCUGCGAUAUGGGUGAUAACCAUUAUUAUAGCGGGUUGCUUGAUGUUGGGUUUACAAAGUAAUGAGAAAAUAGUACAUCAUCAUCAUUGGGAUUUUCAUUUUCCACCCCCUCAUUGAACACACCGCAGGGUUAUGCAUUUAUUAUAUAGAAAACUUUCUCUAGCAUUUAGACAAACUUCCGUAGAUAUUGUUUAACGAAUGGUAAAUAUAUAUUUGAGUAUAAAGUUUUUAUCUGUAAAAUAGAAGAAUGAAAAAAUAAAAGAAAAAAGACGCGCGACGUUCGAGUAUAUAAUCACAAAAAUUAAUCGAAACAUUUGAAUUUUUUAUGUAAUUAUUAUGUUAAAAUGAAUGAAUAAAUGUAUCAAUUUUU